CUAACAGAAGUUUCGAAUAUCCUUAACUAGAACUUCUACCCUAGUGCCUCUCCCGAGCCUCGGGGCGGAAUUAUUUCUCUUCGCAAGUCAAGCGGCAAAGGAGUAUUCGCUUAUCGAGUUGCUGGUGAGUCAAUGGGGGAUUUCAGAAAAUGGUUACCCACAUGGACCGUUCUGUCGCAGCGGGAUAAUGGCCAAAAUAGAGGGGACGGAGGGGGAGGAGUAGGGGAAAACUCCUCAUGGACAGAAUUAUCAUCUCUUGGACCCGAGCUCAGUCGAGAGCACUCGAACACCUCGCCGGUCUGGAAGCCAGUUUGGUACACCGGUUGGCACACCGGCGUCUUGAUUUGCGCCGCUACUGCACUGGUUGUUCUUUUUAUAAACGUCGGUUUAACAAUCUAUGCUGUCGCUAAUGCGGGCUACGAGAUGGAAGGGGGAACCGUGAUGCUGUACCCGGGCGGCAGUUGCGAUCGGAGCAAGACAAUUGGGACGUGGUUGCACCUGGGGAUAAAUGUCCUUUCCACCUUGCUAUUGUCCAGCAGCAAUUAUACUCAGCAGUGCCUUGCAGCGCCAACCCGCAGCGAGAUUGACUCCGCGCAUGCGAGGAGAAGAUGGAUGGACAUUGGUGUUCCGAGUGUUAGGAAUUUGUUCAGGAUUAAGCUGGAGAGGACAUUCUUGUGGAUAGCUAUUGGGCUUACCAGCAUUCCGUUGCAUUUACUGUAUGUUUGUCGAGGUUGCCAUGCCCACCAGGGUUAUGAGGGUAGCUAAUAGGGAUAUUCUAGGUACAAUUCCGCAGUGUAUACUUCUUUAACUGCGAAUAGUUAUGCCGUGGCCAUUGUGGCGACCAACGAUGCCAAACCGGGAGGGUACCUCGAUAUGCUCGAUGGGUUGGAGGACAGCCAGGAAUUCCUAAAAUGGAGAGACGGAGCGCUGUUUCGCGACGUGGUUGAGAGAUACAUAAACCGAGCACGGAUCUACCAAUACCUUGUACCUUCUGACUGCAUGGAGCGUUACAACAGAGAUUUCGUCUCCGACCGGAGUAACCUGUUCCUGGUUGUGAGAAAUAGCUCUACCUCCACUUAUAAUGCGACCCUCCUGGAUAUGUUUGGGGUAAGUGGUGGGGAGCCCAUGGCAAGUAACUGGAUAUGCAGAAACAACUUGGCCCCCCGGGAUAGCCCCUGUGACCCAAACAAGCUAGUCGAGAAUGUGAAGGGCGGGCAUCCAUGGCGGAUGGAGCUGACAAGGGGGGAGGUAGAGAUUAGCGGAUGUCUAAGCGAGAAGACGGAUGAGAAUUGCACGGUGCAGUUUACCCUACAGAUCAUGAUCAUCGUUAUCUGCUGCAAUUUUGUUAAAGCUUGCUGUAUGAUCAUGGCGGUUGUUAGAACUCGGGAGCCCACACUGGUUACAUUGGGUGAUGCUGUGGACUCUUUCUUGAGAGUCCCAGACCCGACCACAGUUGGGAUGUGUUUUUCCGAUCGGCGGUUCGUCAUCUUGGAGUGGAGGCGUGGGCGGAGUAUCGGAGCAAGACCGUGGAAGCAAGAGGGGGUGCAGAGGUGGUGGAGAAGUGUGAGUGAGACGAGGUGGUUGAUCUGUAAUUUGUUUUGUUUGAUAACUAUUAUUGCCGCGGGGAUCUUACUCCGGAUGGGGAUACGGCGGGAUGCUAGCUACGGAAGCACCAGCCUUAAAUCUAUGUAUGUUCUCAUGUUCCCCAUGCAUUCAAGAACUCCCUCGGUGCACAGUGUUAACGGAAAAUCAAAAAAAGGUGGAACAGAGGCUUGGGCAAAGUAAACAGUGUCUCCCUGGUUACUUUGACCUUCAGAAACAUAACCGAGGCAACCCUCCUAGCGAACCUUCCACAAACCAUCCUCUCAUUCCUCUACCUAACCUACAACUCCCUAUUCACCUGCAUGCUCUUGGGCCACGAGUGGUCUCUUUUCGCUCACCAUCACCGCACCCUCCGCGUCACAUCACCGCGGCCAGGGCAGCGUUCCACGUACUGGCUUCAAGUACCAUACACCUACGCCAUCCCUUUAAUGACUCUGAGCGGCCUCCUCCACUGGCUCACCUCGCAAUCGAUAUUCCUCGCUAGGGUCGAUGUAUUCGAUGAGCUCGGGGAAUCGAUUUCAAAAACGAUAAGUGGAGUAGGAUACUCGUGCAUUGCCACUAUUUUCGCGCUCACCCUCGGAAUUCUUGCUCUGGUGGCUGCGACUGGGAUAGGAAGUAGGUCAUUUGCUGCAGAGAUUGUUACCGUCGGGAGUUGCUCUGCCGCGAUUUCCGCUGCGUGCCAUGCUUGGGGAGAGGACACAGAGAGGAUUGUAGGGAGGAAGAUACGCUGGGGAGAUGUGGGGUUUGUACGAAGUCAAAUGGCGAGGCAUUUGACUUUCUCGAGCGAGGAGGGGGUUAAGGUUGGGAAGCCGGUGGUCGGAGAGGUCUAUGCUGGGAUAGGAGAGAAGGGGGAGUGAUCGUCUGUGAUUCUGUUUACAGAAAGUCUCCUUUCUCAUGGGGAAAAAUUGAGCUUGCAGAGUUGUAAUUAGAUAUAUCUUGCUUGAGAUAUUUGGUAUAUAGGGAGGAUUUUAUUUUCUGUCAUUACCGUAAGCUGGAUGGACAUGGUGUAUGUGAGGGCUGCAGAUUUAUUAUACGGCAAGUUAGCCCCCGCGUCAACCAUGCUGCCUAGAAACUGCACCAACCCUCGGAUCUACAUUGUCUUCUUACAUAGCGAGCCCCUGGAGCAACGGACAUUCAAGAUUCGCUAGAUUGUCUUUAGUACGCUGUGCCGCUCCAUGUGGGCGGUUCAAAGAACUCCACAAGCCAGAGCCUGCAAUAAACUGAUAUUGCACGAAAAAGAAGCACAACGUGCACCACCGGCGGCUGUUGUAACUUUGGGCCGGUUAGACAGGUAGACCUCGGCACUCUGGAUAUCCUCUACAUACGCUUUUUUCUGGUUGUACUAUAAGAAGCUAUGAAAUAAAUGGCGACAUCUGCAAAGUUCUCUUCUUUCUUC